UUUCACCUUUCAGGGUUAGGCUGUUUGAUGGUGCCGGAUCAACUCUGAUCAAGACACUUCUCUCAGCAACUUGUUAAGAACCUUCUCACUAUUCUGGUGGUCCACAAGAUGACCUCCUUUUGUGCCUCUCCGAUUAGCUUUUCAUCUAGUUCCAGCUUAAUGGUGUUUUCGAAAAGAUGUGCCUCCACUAAUCCGUUUGUGGUUAUGACGAGGGGUAGGAUUGAUGUAGAGUAUCACAAUAUCCGGCCGGUUGUGCGCAAUGGGUCUGUCAGUGACGAGUGGAUGGUCCCAAUACAGUUUCAUCUCCUCAUUUUCCAGUAUUUCUUUAGGGCGAUGGCUUGGUGGUAUGCCUUUGCCAUGGCAUUGUGGCGGUCCGUGUAUUCCCUUGGAGCGAGGAUGGGGCAGGAUGACGUGAUGUGUUGGAUUGUUUCAGUCGCCUGGGAGCAUUUGCGGCAUUUGUCAUUAGGUAAGUUCUUAUUCAUUAUCUGUUUUUGAUAUGCUUUUGUAGGUAUCACCUGAUCCUGAAUUGCCGCCAGUCUGCCCUCCGUUUCUGGAAACAGGUAUCCUGCCUUGAGGUAAUUGACAGAUCUUACUUUGUCUAUUUUGUUCCAUUUCAGGGCGGUGGGGUAUCUUCCAUGGAGAGCUUUGCCGUGCCAUAUUUCGGAUAGUUCUUCGAUGCUUUUAGGUUCAAUGGGAUGGUUGCUUGAUGCCAGAUUUAAUGCUGUGAUGUUGUUGUCUUCAUCAGAUAUGGCUUUGAAAAAAGGGUGUCACAUAAUUUGGUGAGAUCUUGUUUGAACCGUUCCCCGAUGCUUUUGAUGCGGAAUUCGGAUGCUAUGCGUGCGACCUUUUUGGAUGUUUUUCUGCUUGGUGAGUUCGUGUUCAGGUAAGUAUGAAGCUUUCCAAUUUGUUUUCUAAUAGUAUUUAUCUUUUUUUCCAGGCGUUGUUUCCAUGGUGGUUCCUUGUCUUCUUUUGGUUUUGGCUGUCUACUGGUGAUAUGUAUUUUAUUUUCUUGACAAACUGUAACA